CACUAGGUGCGCGUUGUUGCGUUGAGAGGAAUUUUCAACAUUUUGUGACACUCAUCUCAAAAUGAAUGGAAGAAUACAUGGAUACGAACCAUAGCAUAAACCGAAAUUGGACAUAGAGUUUGAAAUUCAUCGGAAUAGAAGUAUUCGUUGGUUUUAAAAGAAUAAACUCUUAUCUGAGGAGGGACGUAACGAAAAUGGUCUGGAUGCCUUUGAUGAACAAAAAAAAUAUGAGGAGAAGAAAAUCUCAAUCGCCUAGCUCCUCGUCUGAUUCUUCACCGAAGGCUAGCAAUAACAGGACGUUUUUCGGUUCGAAACACAAGCGACGGAUACUUCGAAAUAAAGAUUCUACUGUUACAGAAGCUUCAAGCUUGAGCUCCAGGGGUUCCGUUCAAACCGAUAGUGCACCUUGGAGAGUGGGUAAGUUUUCCAAAUGAUCAUUUCUUCGAAAAAUCUGAACACGACACGUUGAACUCAUCCUCUCUGCUAUGUCGCCUUCACGGGUUAUCGAUGUGUCUAAUUGAAUAUAGAAAAUUUCCGUGAAAGUCCUCCAACAGAAGAAGAGUGGUGGGAAGACGUGGGCGCCCCUGAUACGAUCGAUGUUUAUCCAGAAGUUAACGACGGUACGGAUGGCGACAGUUCUUCAAAAGUUGUAGUCAAUGCACGUGUGUCGUCACAGCAUAAAAAGUUUCACAAUUGUGGCUAUGAAACAUGGGUUCGUGCUCGCGAAGAAUGGAAACAACAGACAGUCGAAACUGUCCCCGAAAAACCUGCUCUGGUAGAGCGUGCGCAACUUAUGAAGGGAAUAAGAAAAGCGACUUCGCAACGAACAUUUGAGCUACAUCGUAACGUUGCCUUACCAGAUAUGAUUCGUAUCUAUACAGAUAUUUGGGAUGGGGAAAGUCGCUAAAAUUUCCCAAAACGCUUAUCCGCAUUUAGACAUAAAUUGCACAUAAACACUUCUAUGUGUCAAAAUUAUUUUGUAUUUUAAUGAUCUUCGUUUUAGAUCAGCACGGUUACUUUCAUCUACACAGAAGGCAUCUAUUUUCCAUACAACAAUAUUAUCAACAACAAUUCUUGCGUUUGUUUGUGCCCAAAAAUUUGAAGACAUUUUCUGUCGACAAAAACAUUUUUUGCUACUCCAUGCGGCAAAUGAUAAAACUUUGGAAUUCAAAUGCGAUGCUGGAUAAUUUAUGGUCGUGAGGUAGGGGUUUGCGGGCUUUCAUUUACAAGUAAUAGAAAAUCUAUUCAGAAGGACAGCGUUUGGGAAAUGAGGAUUGCUGGCAAASAAUAAAACUGGUUUGGAACUUCGACCCUGAUGGUAGAACUCAACAGAGGCGAAUGGCUAUGUAUCUUGGUGCUCAUCAAAGCAACAAUAGGAGGUUGUGCGAGGCGUGGUAUCAAAAACAGGAGAUUUUUUGUGUGCUGAGUACCGAUGACAUUUAUUUUGGAUUGUUUGAAUUCUUGUUUACAAAAAUUGUGCACAUUCCUUUCGUGACUCACCGGGCUAGUAGUAGUAAGGUCAAAUCAAUUGAUCCAACAUUUGUAAUACUAGUACCACUGGUCUGUACUCAUCAAAAAUUGUCACUGACAAAAUUGGUUCCCAGGGCUAUUCCUGCACUGCUAGUAGGUGCAACACCCCUAGUUCAACAGGCAACACCCACAAAAGAGCAUGACCAAGAAGAAUAAGGUGAUCAAUACCCUUCGUCACCACUGCUGGCAGACAUAGGAUGAAGCACUCCUGGGUAGUUGUAGAAAGUUGUCUUGCGCUAGUAAAAGUAUUGACUACUAUUAAUAGUGUGGAUUUUGCAUAUAAAUACUAUCAAAUUAAAGACAGGGCUUAACAUUUUGGUGUAUCCUUUCAUGUCUUCGUCCCCACUGAUCGACCAACCGAGGAAUUUGUGAAUUGUUGCGGGACAGAUUCGUCAAUUACUGCUUGUAUUGUAAUAAAGCGUGUUCACAUUUUAAUUUCCAACAAAAUGAUACAGUAGCUGUGCUUCUGUAGAGGAGAUUUUCCGAAAACGUGUCUUCGUUUGUAUUAUAAUUACUUCUUAUUUACUUCUUUUGCUCGUUGCUCAAGUCACAUUUGUUUUAACGAGGUUCUUCAGAGAUUUCAUAAAAUUCACCCUUAUCAAAAUGGAGAAUCGAAAUCGAAUUCAAUUUCCCCGCCGUUAUCUUCCUCCUUUGACCAUGUCAUGAUCGUACCUCCACCGCCAGGAUUGAUGCUUCCUUCUUCCGCGCCUUCUUCGAUAACAAUCUCCUUGCUUCCAGCCUGCAUAUGGUUAUAUUCGUUCAAAACAAUUACAGAAGAGCCAUCAAAGUGAAUGACAAUGGAAUAAAACUUGCCAAGCACACGAUAAGCCAAGGUCAAAGUUCCGAAGUUGCUACCGAAAUCCUUCCCAACAUUCAAAAACAAGCAUUUAUCCCGCAUGACAUGCGAUUGAACUUUGGACGUAACAGACAUCGAGGGCCGGUAAAAGUUUGGGUUCCCGUAUUGGACAGUUGCCAGCAUAAUAUCGAAGGAGCUGAAGUUGAUACCAACCAACAGGCUAACCAUUGCUGGAGUGAGAUCCACAUAAUCAACAGAAACCAAGUUCCAGUUUUCGUUUGGAUUCUGGGCGAAAAAUUCGUGAAGAACUGGAGCCCCGUGUCUCUUUUGUGGCUUGUAAAGGUCGUUUGCCAAGUAAACAGGUUGCAGAGAAGCCCAACCAAGAGCGAGCUGGAGCAAAUCGCCUGCGUUUCCAACACCUGGAGAGAGAACAAAUUGGUUGUUUAGUAAUUUUCCUUGCUUCCCGCUAGACUUCACCUCUUCAAGAUUCCACUCAAGCAAUUGCUUCGAAUCUUUGGUAUUACUGGAUAUCAAUGACAACGACAUUAAUAGAAUAAAUAGUUUGAGAAUGAAAGAAAUUGUGCUUCGCAACAUCAUGAAGCUCAUGUCCAGAAAAGUACUUACUACCACUUGUCUUCCAUCCAAUCGCCGGCAUUAAAACAGCUGUACUCUUUGGCAACAUAGGCGUCGUUGUACUCAGUGCCUCCAACUGUGAAAUCUUCGUAAAUUCGAGGGUGAAGAAUAACACAAGCUUGGGUGCCUUUGCUAGUCAAAUCCUUCAAAGGCGUCUCCAGAAGUUUAUCAACCGUAGGCCCCUUGAAUAAUUUAUCUCCCAAAGAAGAUUGGAUGAUAUCCAGUGCCUUUUUCUUCAAUUUUGGAUCAAAUGCACGGCCAUAUUCUGCAACGACCUUGAUGACCAAGAACUCACCAGGGAAAUCCUGGCAAAAAAGAUGAACGUCUUCCAAAAUACGCGAAAGCUUGCAACCCUUCAUGCACCCUCGGAAGCAGUACACAUCAUUUCCAGAACCAGCGAUGCGCAAAUCAAGCGCACGUGUACCACGGUGCAAUUGCUCCAGGACAGACACAUUUUGGGUCCUUCCGACAGCAGAGAARAACUGGUAGGUUGGAAUGGAAUACGACGCAGAGUCGUGAGUUCCGGGGAUUACAAUAUCUCCCAGGGCAAUCUCCGGAACACUCUGAACUAGAUUGCUCAUCCAGUCAGGAUGGAGACUAAUCGGAAAAUCUAUCGCAGGGAUUGUUGGGAUGCAACAAGCCAAUUGGCAACAGUUAACCGCAAUAGAAGCACUCGGGCAGGUCAUUGACCCUUCGAUCCGUCUUCGGCAAUAACGAGAAGUGAAGUCCAUCUUGAGAGACCUGAUAACCUUAAGAUCGUUGAUUGCGCUGGAUUUAGAAAGCUACCAAUAUGCUUCUUAUUGUUGGAAUCCCGUUCAACUUCGAUACGGCACUGUUGUGGUAAUAAAGAAUGUUUAGAUCG